AUGCUUGCCUGGCAUGCUGCACAAUCGUGGUGCACUGUGUGCUCGCACAACCGUAUCUCGCCAUCUUCAAUAAUCAUCAACACGGCGUCGGCUCACGUGUGUCAGCCUCACCUCAAUGAUUCCAUCCGACAAGUUUCUGAGACUUCCUGGCUCGUCUUCAACACCGCUCUUCUGACCCAUUCCCCAUUGCAAACCCCAGACCAUAUUCCCAACGGCCAAGCAUGCUGGAGCGACGGCCACGAGGGCCAUUUCACCUUGUCUGCCGCACCAAAUCCUCUUCCCGAUUCCGACGCUCUCGCCGAAGACUCGACGCUGAUCUCGCUAGUCCAUGCUGUAGACAACCAAGCUGCUGUCUGGCGGGCGGGCGAAGCCUUCAUCAAAGCACACCACAUGGAAGUAUCCCCAUGUCACUGGAGAGCAUUUGCGUCGAAAGUUCCCGGGCAACUGCUCGAUGACGCUUGGCCCAUCUUGGAUGAGCCCCUCUGGCAGCACUGCAUUUGCAAGGUCGCAGGUCUGCUCGAGCGGUAUCUCGUCAAAAGGCAGCUCCUGGACAACUGUACCAGCAUGGCCAUGGACGUCUCCUCAGAGAGACCCAACAGUAUUCGAACGAUGUGCCUUGCUGAUGGCGGCGGCUCAGAGGCAGGCUCUCUUGCCCUCCAGUUCCAAGACCAUCCUUUCGUCAUCACACAUGCCCUUGGCUCGAUAGCGGCCUCUCAAGUUUCCCAUGAAGAGUUCUCCCAUAAAUAG